UUUCGUGAGAGAAGAAAUGGGGCAGGAGAGAGGAGAGAGUUAUGUACUUUCUUUUGCCAGGGGGGAUCCACACAGGCGAUCCCUUCGGUAGAAUUGGGAAGGCAAAAGGACUGAACUAGUAGGCAGACUUCAGGUUGAUUUAUUAGAGAUCUUCCUGUCCAGGAACAGCCACUGGGAGGACAAGACAGAGAGAAAGGAGGAGGAGAAAGAUAAGUGUCAAUCUGUUGAGACUUGUUUGGGAAUUUGAGGAAGGAGGGGAGGUGGGGAGAGACAGAAGAGAGGCAGCAAGAGGGAAAAGUAAGGAGAGCUCAGGCGUAAACAUUAUGUUUUUCACCAGAAGUUGAAGUAGUGAUAGAAGAAGAUAACGUUUGAUUUUUCUGAAAAGAAGGAGGUGAUUUGUUGUGUCACCUAGACAAUGUGAAAACAGGGAAUUAAUUCUUGUGUGUUGUGCAAUCCCAUGCUUUUGAGCUGAGCUGGAUCGGAGGGGGAGACCACUGAUCUCCCCAGGAAACUACAUUCAGGUGCUCCAAAUUAUGAUACAAUGGGAACCAAAAGGCCCAGCUGCACCCUCUUCGACACAUCUAACAUAAACACAUCUGACCGCAAACUUCAGCCAGGUGGAAAAAUCUCCCGGGAUCCAAGUCCAAGGCUAGCCAUGACUGCCCAGUCGGAGCGAGAGAGAGACACCAGACGGGAGGAAGACCGGAGGAGGGAAAGAGAAACUGAGAAAACGAGGGAUACAGCGAGAUACAGAGUUAUGGACCCACGGGAGAGAUACUACGAAAGGGACAGAGGUGCUGCGCCGCGGUCUAGAGAGGGAGAACGAGAUAUGAGGGUGAGAGAGAGGUGGCAAGAAGAUGACAGGAGCAAAAAUGGGAGGCCGCUGUCGAACAUAGAGAAGCACAUAGAGAAGCAGGCUGAGAGAGAGGUGGAGAGGGGCAUGAAGAAAGGCGACACAUUUCCUAGAAUAAGAAAAAGCAGCCCAUAUCGGGACAGAACAUUGACGGCCACCACGGAGAUGGGUGAAGAGAGGCGGCGGAGAAGAGAAGAGACCGAUGAAAGAGAGAGGGCACGGCAGAGAGAGUGGCACAGAGAGAGGGAGAGAGAUGAGAUCCGAAGCAGGGCAAAGGAAGAAUGGAAAAGAAGACCUGCGGAAGAAGAGAAAUCACGACAGGGGGAAAGAUAUCAGGAGUAUGAUGUUGGCCGUCAAAACAGAAGAGAAGUGGUUGAUUCAUGGGACAGAAGAGAGAGGGAUGUGGAUAGAAAGAGGGAAAAACUGAGGCCUGACAUGGGGGAGAGGGAGGCCAGGGUGCAUUCUGCGCAAAGGAGAAGAGAAAGAGAGAUCCACUCAGACAGGAGGGAGAGGGGCAAGAGGGACACCAGGAGUGAGGGAGACAGUGACGAGAGAGAGCUGCAGAGGGAGAGAGCGAGGGACAGAGAGAGGGAGGAGUUGACAUAUCAACACAGCAGAAGCGAGGGUGACAACGGGGGCAUAAACGAGAGGGAGAGAGAUCGAGAUAGGCGAGGAGACAGGGAAGAAGACAGGCAGAGAUACAGAGACAGGGAUAGAGAAAGAGAAGCAGACCGAUCCAGGAGGAGGGGAGUGGAGAAAGACCGGGAGAGGUACAGGGAGGAGGAAAGGUGGAGGGAAAGUGUGAGAGACGUGAGGGAUGACAGGACAGGGGACGACAGAAACAGAGAGUACAGGCAGAAGAGAGGCAAGGACAGAGAUCCUAGGUGGGAUGAUUCAACAGGCAGAGGCAGCCGACCCCAGAGCGAGGCGGCCCCUAGGGUGCCGCCGCGAGCCCAGAGCAGCGGAGAGUGGAGCACCACCGAGAGUGACAGAGAUGUAGAAGAACAGAGAGCUGCUGAAAGAAGUCGUAGGGAGAAAAAGCGAGGUGAGAGACAAGAAAGAGACAGAGGAGAGACAAGAGGUGGCGUGCCAGAGCAGAGGAGGAUGUGGUUAGAGCCACAGAGGGGCAGGAAUACUAAAGGCGAGUUUGUAGACAGAGAAAGACAGACGAGGGGCAAUGAGAGGAGGAGAGAAGAAGAGAGGAAUAUGGAGACCCGGGCUGAGUGGGGAAGGGAGGGGGGGAGAGUAAAAGAGGAACCAGAUGAGAGGUACGGAGGAAGGCAUGGAGGGAGAUGUGAGCGCAGGGGUGAUGUAGAGAGGGAGUCAGAGGGUGUGAGUGUAGAUGGAGAGGAGGUGGAUGACGCCUGGAGAGAAGUAGAUAAAGGAGGGAAGGAACAUCUGUCUGACAAUGAUGGAAGGAUAGAGGGAAGCCAGCAGAGGGAUGUAGAGGGACAAAACCUGACAGAUAACACUGAGGAGAGUGACAGAGAGGAAGAGGGUGGGAGCGAUUACUGGGUCCGCUCCGAGAGCGAAGGAGGAAGUGAGACAGGGUGGAAGCAAGACAGGGACAGAAUGCUGUCAGGAGAGGACGGCUUUGUAACCGUGUCGAGCGGCGGAGAUGAGGAAGACGAAAGAGAGGAGGAUGAAGAAGAAGAGUUUAAGGACUGUCAGGAGUUUUGGGAAGUUGCACAUGGUGACGCCAAGUGGCGGGAGGCAGACGACGAGAGGGAAGAGGAACGGACAAUGGGAAAGGAGGAGACGGUGGAGGAUGACGAACAGGGGAGGGAAAAGAAGUAUGUCUUCUGUGUGAUUGGGCAAACGUUGCCCCGGUCAAAGAAGUCACCGUCACAAGAUGAACAGAUGAUGGGAGUGGAAAGAGACAACCCAAAGUUAGAAAAUGAUGACGCCACACUGCAACCUCAGCAUGACCUGCAUCCGACACAGAGUAGAAAUGAUGAAUACCCAAUCAUCAACAACCAGGACAUGGAGAGUCAGUGUAACGUGCCAAGGGAGGAAAGAGCAACUGAGGAGGCUAUCAAGAUGAGACCUAAAAAGGAGCACCCAUAUGCCGAAAUAGGGCCGAUAAACAGAGACUCAAAGACUGAAAGACUCCUCAUGGCGUGGAGAGAGAAAAAUAAAGAAGAGGUGGAAAGAGAGCAGAAGCAACCUUCACCUUCACUCCCGGUAAAUCCGUACGCUGAUGUUUUUUCUCAAGUGAAUUUUGAAGAAAUCCAACCGAUCUUGGAUGGACUUAAAACUGGUGCGAUGAGCCCAGAGGAGGUGGAGGCCAUUCGGAUCCGACUGAGCGGGGCAUGGACUAUGUCCGAUGAGCCCAAGCGACAUUCCCAAGCCCCCCACCUUAAAUGGGCCAAAAAUGUGGUGCGGGAGAUCCUGGGACGUUCUGAGGAUAACUCUGUGGAUGAGGCAAAUGAACACGCAGACCAAGGGGUCAACCAGACGGCGAUGGAGUAUGAACAACAAGAGGGGGUUGCACAAGAGCCUGGAGAGACGCCCGUUGUUAAGUUGACAACGGACGAACAGCACUCAGAACCAGAGCUGGGGGAGGAGGAGCCGCUGGAGGAAGAGGGACUGAGAGGUAUGGGGCAGAGCCAAGCCGACAUGCAUGCUGACCACUUCUCAGCUAUACAUGGUGACACACCAACACACACGCUCGCUGACACACUGUUAGAGACAGAAGGAAAGGAGGAUCAGAGUAUGGACAAAGAGACUGAGCCCUCUAUUCACCUUCAGUUAGAAGAGGCGCAUGUAGAGGUGAAAAUUAGUGAACAGGUCGAAUUAUCAGAAAGGGAAAAAGAAGCGAGAAAGAGGAGAGAGAAGGAGGUGGAGAUGUAUUUAACCGUGAGCAACACGCUGUACAAGCCAAACAGCUGCCCCAUUCUUAAUUAUGAGCCUGAGUCUGCCUCCGGAGAGAGUGAGGGCCAGGAGGUGGAAGACAGAAUGGUUGAAAGAGAAGAAGAGAGGCAGGGAGAGGAACCUGAGGAGGGGGGUGCUACAGAGGAUGGGGGAGAGAUGAGGGAGGGAGAGGGAGCUGAGGUGGAUAGCAGAGAGGGAGAGGUGGCGGAAAGUAAAGUAAAAGUGGGGACUCUGAUGAGCACCUGCAGUUUCCGAGAGUUGGGUCCUGAGGCUCGUAUACGAAGAAGGGGAAUCCGUAAAACAACUGAAAGAAGAAAUGGAGUGCAUGUAGAAAUGGAGGAAGAGGAAGGCGUUGGAAGGGAUCGCAGGACCAGAAUAUUCUCUACAACAGAUGAUGAAGAUGAUCGGAGCAAAAGUUGGGGAGAGGUAGAGCUGAGGAAUGUUUUGGAAACAAUCGACAAACGUAGAAGGAACUCAAGGUUCUUCAAUGCUGCCCAGCUUUACCAGCAGUACAGCGAGGCCGCCCAGAACUUUGAGAUCCUGCGCCAGGCUCGCUCCGAUGUCGUCUCCGUGUGCGAAGAAUCCACCCCAUCCCCUGCUCCUUCGCCUCCUCCUGCCCGCAGACCCCUUCCUCCCUUACCUCCUGUCCGGCACCCCCACUCGUUGUCCAGCACAGGCUCUAUUACCAGUGUCAAAAGCUUGCCUCUCCCUGAGCCCCCCAAAUGUGAAGGCAGACCUUCCUCCCCACGUCUGUCCAUCUCUCUCACACAGUCGUCAACGCUGUGGAGGGAGCUGCCUGGAGUCAGGAACAGUGCAGGGCUGGAGGAGCUCACAGAGGACCAGAGGCGACUACAGGAGAUAAGAUUUGAGGUGGUGACCUCAGAGGCCUCCUACUGCCGGAGUUUGGACAUUGUUGUCGAACACUUUGUCAAGUCCAAACAGCUGGGGGCGCUGUUGACCACACAGGACAGGAACUGGCUGUUUUCCCGGCUGGCAGAUGUUCGUGCCAUCAGUCACAGUUUUUUAUCAAAACUGGAGGAGCGAGUGGAAUCAGACAUCAUGGACUUUACUGUGUGUGAUAUCAUCGCUCGGCACUGUCAGCGUUUUAAAAUGGUUUAUGUGCCCUACCUCACCAACCAGUCCUACCAGGAUGCCACCUACCAGAGACUUAUGAAUGAGAAUCAAGGAUUCAAGAGGAUUGUGGAGAAAUUAGAGAGGAGUCCUGUUUGCCAGAGGCUUCCUCUUCGUUCCUUCCUUGUCCUUCCUUUCCAAAGGAUCACAAGAAUUAAACUGCUGGUCCAGAACAUUGUGAAGAGAACCACUCCUGGUACUGCGGAGGCGACUCAGGCCAUCAAAGCUUUGAAACUUCUGGAGAAGCUGAUUCAAGAGAGUAACGACAGCAUCACUCAGAUGAAAAGCAUCGAGUCCCUGGUGUCACUCAGUGCUAAGGUGGACUUUGAGUGCAGAACUCUUCCUCUGAUCAGUCAGUCUCGGAGGCUAGUGCGAGAGGGGCCGGUCACUGAACUGAUGGAUUUCUCUCUAAAGGAAACAGAGAGGAAUAUUUAUAUGCACCUUUUCAAUGACUACUUGCUGCUUUCACUACAAAAAGAGGGAGGAAGGUUCACAGUAAUCGACCACUCUCCUGUAUCAGAGCUGCGUGCAGAGAACUGCCGUGUUAAACUUCACUCCCUCCAGAAGAACCUGUUCCGGGUGCACAUGUCGCACAAAGCCCUGCUGCUACGGACUGACACACAGAGUGAUAAGCUACGCUGGAUAUCCGCUCUUUCCCGGCCACAUCCUGAAAUUGAUUUUUCUGCUGCACAAGAUGUUGCACAGAUGCAGUGUAUCCGAGCUUUUGUUGCCCAGCAGCCCGAUGAACUGUCGCUAGACAAAGCUGAUGUCAUUCUAGUGCACCAACAAAGCAGUGACCAUUGGGUAGAGGGGACCAGACUGUCUGACCGGCACCGUGGAUGGGUGCCUGAGUCCCAUUUGGAAACCAUAUCCAACUCUAGAGUCAAGCAACGCAACCUGUCAGAUGCCCUCAAACUGACAACGGCCACAGCUGCUGUCUGACCAGGAUGCUCAGAGCGGGACUAAAAUGAGGGGCGUCCUGGCUGCGCCAUCAAGAACAAGAAUCAGUUGUCUGCUUCAAACUGCUGGAAACAGUGCCAUUGACAUUCAGUGCUAUAAUAUGGAAUUGUUGAGAAGCAUGCAGCGACUGAAUUGCUGUAAGGGUUCAUCUCAAUGAAGCUUUGGGUUUCAUUUGUUUCACUUGGUGGAACAAUUUGUUGCCUUUGAGCAAAGCAUGAACUGCUGAGGCCUGCCCAAAAGGCUUUAAGGUAGAUGGGACUGUAUUAACUGUUAUCUACAGUAGAUGACAAACAUUGUGUGUAUGUCAAUACAUCAAUGAACUGGUGUUUUCGAGAAAUAGUUGUAAAGGGAAAUCACCUUUUUUCCAAGAAAAGUUAUUUUUGCAAAAUGUAUUAUUAUUUGUGUAUAUUGAACAGAAUCUAAUUGUUGAGUGAAUGGUGCAUGUCUAUUGAGAAGCUGACCCCUGCAUGCAGGAGAGCUGGCGGAAAUCAUACCGUCACACAUUGGUAACAUUUCAGUGAAUUCAUAUGGUGGAAUAAAGACACUUUUGAACAUA